CCAACCAAUUUAUGGCAGAUACAGCUUUAACAUCUGACAGCUAGAUUCAUUAUUGGUUUAACAGCCAAUCAUUAGUUUUGACGACACAAGUCUAAUGAAGGUUGGAAUAUAAAAAGCUCUCUGGAACAUACAAGAUUCACCAGAGUGUUGAGGUGUCUCAGAUUGCAUUUGCCUUCAGUGAUUCACAGAGUACUGGAAGAUUUUUUUAAAAAAAAUAACCAAAGGAAAGAAAAGGAGAAGGAAAAGGAGAAAGAAAAAAGAAGGAAAAAGACCUGUUUUGAAAGUGUGAUUAUACACUAACUAAAAAUGUAUCUGUGUAUUUAUCUUUUCAUGUUAAUCAUACCGGUGGAACUUAAUGAAAGUAAUCAGGCAAAUGAGGAUACAGAAAAAGGUGGACUAUGCAAUGCAUGUACAUGGAGGCAGAAUACAAAAUCUUCAAGAAUAGAAGCUAUAAAAAUUCAAAUCCUCAGUAAACUGCGUCUAGAACAAGCACCUAACAUUAGCCGGGAUAUUAUAAGGCAACUUUUACCUAAAGCUCCUCCACUACAAGAACUGAUUGAUCAGUAUGAUAUCCAGAGAGAUGACAAUAGUGAUGACUCUUUAGAAGAUGACGAUUAUCACGCUACAACAGAAACUAUUAUUACAAUGCCUACAGACUCUGAUUUUCCUAUACCUGUGGAAGGAAAACCCAAAUGUUGCUUCUUUAAAUUUAGUUCUAAAAUACAGUAUAACAGAGUAGUUAAAGCCCAGUUGUGGAUUUACUUAAGACAAGUCCAGAGGCCUACAACAAUAUUUGUGCAGAUCCUGAGACUCAUCAGACCUAUGAAAGAUGGUACAACUUCGACUGCAAUUCGAUCCUUGAAACUUGACAUGAACCCAGGCACUGGUAUUUGGCAGAGCAUUGAUGUGAAGACUGUUUUGCAAAAUUGGCUUAAACAACCUGAAUCCAACUUGGGUAUUGAAAUCAAAGCUUUGAAUGAAAAGGGAAGAGAUAUUGCAGUGACCUACCCAGGACCAGGAGAAGAAGGUUUGAAUCCUUUUUUAGAGGUCAAGAUUACAGAUACCCCAAAAAGAUCACGUAGAGAUUUUGGGCUUGACUGUGACGAACACUCAACAGAAUCUCGAUGUUGUCGUUACCCAUUGACAGUGGAUUUUGAAGCCUUUGGAUGGGACUGGAUUAUCGCACCCAAAAGAUAUAAAGCAAACUACUGCUCUGGAGAAUGUGAAUUUGUGUUUUUACAAAAAUAUCCACAUACUCAUCUGGUACAUCAAGCAAAUCCAAGAGGUUCAGCAGGCCCUUGCUGCACACCUACUAAGAUGUCCCCAAUAAAUAUGUUGUAUUUCAAUGGAAAAGAACAAAUAAUAUAUGGGAAAAUACCAGCUAUGGUAGUAGAUCGUUGUGGCUGCUCAUGAAUUCUGCAUUAAAUUUGCUGCUUCUUAAAAUAUGAAAUUUACCAAUAUUUGUAUAUAUUUCCCUUCAGCAAUUUUGGAAACUGUGAAUUUUUAAACAAUAGGCCUACCUCUUAUAGGUUAUAUUUUAGGCUAUUGUAAAGAUUUCCUAACAGGCAAAAUACAAUAUAUGAACUGAAAGACAUUUUUUAUACAAGUGGUGUUUUUUAAUCAGUGAAUAUGAUAAGCUACAAUCAACCCCUCAAGAUUUUAUGAUUUACUUGCUAUGAAAAGAGCUAUCUUUUCAUUUACGCAGAUACCAUAAUCAUAUAUUAACUUCAACAAAUAGAAAUAUUUGUUGAAGUAACUCCUCCUUGUAUUCCAAAGAAUUAAAAGGAGUUUACUAAUAUAAUACAUAGUCUUAACAAUUUAUUUUACUGUUGUAUUUACACUAGAGGAUAUUCUGGCAAAAUACAGAAUGAUGAGUACCAAUGAAUUAUCCUCAAACACUUGAAUUGAUUUUAUAGUAUAAAAACAGAUCAGGUGAAAUUCCACAGAGCAGAUAAAUCCACAAAUUAUGAUAACUUCGUUGUCUUUUCAUUCCUUUUAUAAUUACUAUUUUAAUUAUUUUCUGGCAAUGGUGCUAUCACAGUAGAUUCAAUAUGCAAUCCUAACUAUUUGCUGCAAGAACCCAAAAUAAGAUUACCGCAGUGUAACUAAACUGAAUACUGUAGUAGAAUUAUACACACCAACAGGAUUUCAGGCAUUAAUGUUCAUGACACAUAUAGCACAAUAAAUAGGAUUCUCAAUUAUAGUUUAUUAAUUAUUCACAAAGCAUGAAAAUUUUAAUUAAAGUUUGUGUGUGCUUACGUGUGGUCCUUAUUGUAGCAAAUAUCUACUGACAAGAUUACAAAAUCAAAAUCAGAAAUUAUAAAAUUAUUAUAACCAUACUGCAACCUUGUUUGUCUAAUGACAUACAAUUGAUAAAUUAAUGAGCACAAUAAUGUAAAAUAAAAUGUUGAUAUAUUACAAGUUUUGUUUAUUAUAUACACACACAAAAUACUAUAUUGUAAAUAAAUGUUUCUUUUUUAUUUACUCUGAGUAUAUGGUGCUCCACAUGGGUUUGUCUUUUUCUACUUCAUAAAGUUGUACUUCAGUUACUGGUAUGUUAAAUUCUUUUAUUCUUUUGCAAUAAGUACAUUAUUAAUCAGUGUAUAUUCUUACACCCCUGAAAGCACAGAUAUACACAUUAAAUUUUCAAUAAUACUUAUGGCUUCACUCAAAUAUUCCUAUUUUUUUUAUUUAUACCCUACUUCAUUCAAAGUUAACAAGAAAGUUGAAUGGAAGAAUUAAUGGAACACAAUAAUUGUUGAUAUGGAACAUCAGAAAAAUAAUCCAUAAAACGAGUAAAUAUAUAUUUUUUGUUUGUUUGCAUUAGUGUGACAUACAAUAAAGACAUAAGAGACUUUAUGUGGUCUGUCUAAGGAUGCCCUUGCAAAUACAGAAAUACUGUUUUAAAAUUUGCACUAAAACAUUAAGUGAGAAAAAUGAAAUUACUGUAAAUAUCAGUAGGGACUUCCAUAAAAAUUUGACCUGCAUGAAGGUGUUUUUUUUAAAAAGCAAAGUAAAGGAUUAUUGUUAUGAGUGAAGCUGAACUCUUGCAUAAAAUCUUGAAAAAACAUUUUCAGAACACUACUAUUCCUCUUCACUUGAUAUGUUUUAGAGCCAAUUGUACAAAUAAUGAUCUCUUUAUUGAUAAAAAUUAAAACAAAAUCAACUUUUUCAUUGUCUGUAAUACUGCUCACAAUGUAAAACUGAUGGCAUUUUUUCAAGUGCUAAAAUCGUAUAUAUGUUAUUAGAUUUAUUUUAUAUGUAUGUAAUAAACAUAUGUAAUGCACAUAUUAUUGUAUAUUUUGAUCAACACAAUUUAUCUACUGUAUUUCUUGUCAGGAAUAUUAUUUUAAAUAUGAAAUAUUAUUGAAAUGCAAUCAGUAAUCAUUGUAAUUUCUGUUAAAAGUUUUUAAUUUUUUUAUAAUAUCAAAAUUCCAGUUAUUAUAUUGGUUUUCAUUAACAUUUUAUUUGCAUGAGACUGCAGCAAACUAGAUAUUAGUCACUAGUAGUUUUCCUCUUCCCACUCUAUUUAUGCUAUUGUAAUUUUGUAAAGUAUUUUUUUUUUAAAUUCAGUGAUAUUUAAACGUUUUUUCUGGUUGCCAAUCAAGUUAUGCUUGUUGGCUCAUGAAGAUAAUGAAGGCAAAGUCAGGAUGCUAAUUUUACCUUCUGGCAGCUAUAUUUGGACUUAACUGAAUAUUACUGUGUUACCGUAUUCAAAUUUACAGUGCAUAGCUAUUUGGGCAUCAAAGGCAAGAGCACGAAAAGGCUGGUUAAGAAGCUCUUCUGUUGUGUGGAAGAUACUUUUAGCAUGUAAGAAAACAGCUAGCAAUUUCUUAUUAUGCUAAUAUAUUGACACACAGAUUCAUUAAAUAAUCUAGAUCCUGGGUUCAAUGGUAAUUUGAUACUGCAAUAAAUUAUAGUUAUGUGAAAUAAAUCCUUUCUGUACUCUAAAUAAAUAGAUUCUUACUUUAAAAUUUGUAAAUACCAAAUCACAUA